CAUUCGAAUAUUUUAACCGGAAACGAGCACGUGCGCGUACCCGUAUUCUUUGUGUGGCAGCGUAGAGAAGCGCCAAAAGAGUGACCAUGGCUGAUGAAAAACCAAAGGAAGCAGUGAAGACAGAGACCAACGAACACAUAAACCUGAAGGUGGCAGGUCAAGAUGGCUCUAUAGUGCAGUUCAAGAUCAAAAGACACACACCGCUCAUCAAACUCAUGAAGGCCUACUGUGAUCGACAGGGACUGUCCAUGAGGCAAAUCAGGUUCAGAUUUGAUGGACAGCCAAUAAAUGAAACAGACACACCAUCGCAGUUGGAAAUGGAAGAUGAAGAUACAAUUGACGUGUUUCAACAACAGACGGGAGGCCUCAUUUAAUCCACUGCAUUGUUCACCAUUUUCCUUUUCAACACAACCAAGCUUUCCCGCCUGCGAGACACAGCGACUGCUUCUUUGACACUUGUCCUGUUGUCUCAACAGAUUUUCAUGCAGAAGAAGUUGUCCUUUCUGCUACACAAAACUGUUGUAUAGUAUUUUCAAACUUGCCCUUGCUACAUGUCUGUUUCUGUACAUAAACCACACCCAGGUCUUGUUUGUUCAUGCUGUGUUGUGGACAAUGUUAAGGACUUCCUCUCGCAAGGCAGCAGACAGAAUGAGACGAAAUACAACGGACUUUUUUUAUGAAAUGUUGUUGGGCUAGGCUUGGUUGGUCUCCAGAAAAUCUGUUCUCAAACAUGUACUACUUUGGGACUGGCUAUCACUUGGGGGACAGUGCACCCAGUUUUGGGAAUGGGGCUGCAUUUUCAUUUGGUUUCUGUUAUCUGAGAAAAACUAUUUGAUUUUUUAAAUGUUUUUAUAGUAGUGAAUGUGUAGGAAAAUGUUUGAUUAAUCGUUUGACUAGGCCAAUAUUCACAUUUUGGGAAGCCUUAAGAAGUUCUCAGUGAAAUAAACAUCUGUAUUCUCUAAUAAUAGGCCUGUCAAAAUAAAAAUAUUGUCUUUUA